UCCCGUAAGUAGAUCAGUCGUGUAUAAAAUUGCUAGAAAAUACCACCGGCUCGUUUUACGGGUCUCUCUAUUACUCAGAUAAGCGAGAUGCGCCUAAUCACGAUAGUAUUACAGGCAAAGUACUUUGUUAAAUCAUUUAACAAAUAAUUUUUAAAAAGGGUUCCGUUUCAACCUGGUUUUAAUUAGUUGUUAGUAGCGUAAUGUUGAGUAAAAUGUGUCAAUAACUUUUUUUCAUUUUUUUUCUCUUUUUUCUUUUGUGUUGUAAAAAUGGCCAAGAAUGGCGAGGUACAAGAGCAGAUUAAAGAAAAAAAAGAAUGCUGUUCUGCAAGAAAUGUGUUAUGGUACCUGGUGUUCUUUGGUUUUGCAGUGAAUUACAUGAUAAGGAUCAAUCUAAAUAUCGCCAUAGUAGCCAUGAUACAGCCAAAAGCCAGGGAUAACUUGUCUCUUAGCAGUGAGUGCAUCGCAUCAGAUGCGAGUAUUAUAAUGAGACAAAGCUCAAAUAAUUUCUCAAAUAGCGUAAUUCUCAGCCCCACAGCCCCAACCGUCUUCCACUCUCUUAAUUACACCCCGACAUCCUUCGCCGAUCCGUCCAAUUUAACCACCUUAGAACCUAAACCAUUUACAUCGCCCCCAUCCCAACCGCCUCCAACCAAACAUCCCCUAAGAAACACCACGUUUCGGGAUAAACAUCACUCGCCCUUUACAAACGUGGGGCCUGGAAUAAGAGACAACAGUAAAUUCGACUGGAACGAAAAGGUGCAAGGCCAUGUGCUGGGUAGUUUCUUUUGGCUGCACUGGACCACGCAGAUUCCCGGUGGACUGUUGGCGGGGAAGUACGGGACCAAGCUGGUGUUUGGGCUAUCGAAUUUUGCUGGGGUGGUGUUUUGUUUCGCUAUACCGUUUUUUGCAAAGCUGGGAUCGACGCAUUUGAUGGUGUUGAGAUUGGUGCAAGGAAUUUUAUGCGGUUUUGCUUGGCCUUCUAUGCACGACAUGACAGCAAAAUGGAUACCACCUAAUGAGAGGAGUAAAUUUGUUACAGCGUAUUUAGGUAGCUCUGUUGGUGCUGCAAUGACUUACCCCAUUUGUGGGUUUAUAAUAGACAGAUGGGGAUGGGAAUAUGUGUUCUACGCUUGCAGCGCGUUUGGUACAUCGUGGUUCAUAGCUUGGUGGGCGCUGGUCCAUGACAGUCCUAGUGAACAUCCCCGGAUAUCGGACAAUGAAAAGGAAUAUAUCCUGACAAGUCUAGGAAAAAGCGUGGCAAAAGACAAAGCUCCGGUGCCAUGGUCGGAUAUCAUCAGGGACAAGACGGUUUGGGUUAACGUUUUGGCACAAUGGGGCGGACUCUGGGGUCUAUUUACUCUCAUGACACACGCUCCAACCUACUUUAAGUUUAUACACGGAUGGAACAUCAAAGCGACUGGAUUAUUUUCUGGAAUGCCUCACCUUUUAAGAAUGGUAUGGGCCUACAUUUUCUCGCAAAUUGGAGACUUUCUACUCCGAACCAAUAAGAUGACAAGAACAAACGUGAGAAAGCUAGCAACAGUCAUAUGCUGUAUGGGUCAAGGUAUAUUCAUGAUGUGUUUGGCAUAUUCAGGCUGCGAUGCCACGGUCGCAAUUGUAUUCCUAACACUGGCCGUGGCCGUGCAUGGAUCCGUAUCGACAGGCCCCCUGGCGAGCGUCGUAGAUGUUAGUCCAAAUUAUGCGGGGGUCAUUCUUGGAAUGAUGAACACUGCGGCUGCUUUUGUUGGGUUCUUUACACCUGCUGUUGUCGGAUACUUGACUUUUCAAAACCAAACGACACCCCAGUGGCAAAAAGUAUUUUGGAUCGCUAGUGGCUGGCUGUUCAUCAGUGGAAUUAUGUAUGUAAUUUUUGCAAAAUCUGAACUACAGCCUUGGAAUUCACCAGAGAAGGCCAAAGAACAUCCCGAAGAAGAGCUUAUGGUUAUAAAAACUGAAAAAAGUAGCAAAAGUGAUGUAUAGCAUAAUUAGAAUCGGUAUAAUGUUCCUAAAUAAUGUAAAUAAAUUUUCUUAAGAUAAUAAAAUUGACUAAAACUAACA